UCUGGACGAAACUGUCACUUAACGAGUAUAAUAUUAUCUGUAGGCGUUUUGAGGUUAUGUCAUAGAAAUGUUUUGAUCCCGAAUCGAAUAUAUUUUUAUAAAAAUUAAAUAUCACAAUGGCUAUGAUAAGAGCUGGAUUGCAAAGAAUUGCCAAUAUAUUUAGCGGCCCUCAAGGUGGUAUAUUAUCACGAUUUGCGACAAACCUUGUGCCAGUAGAAAGCAAACCCGUGCCAGAAACUACUAAAGACGUGAUAGCGGCUUGCAACAAACUUAUUGAACAAAAUGCGAGCCGUAACUUCGCAAUAGUCCAUCUUCUAGGUAAACAGUGGAGAAUUACUGACGGAGACCUUCUAGUAGUUGAAGGAUACUGGCCUCCAAACAUAGGAGACAAGCUUACGUUAGACAAAGUGUUACUUGCAGCAACUAAAGACUUUUCACUUAUCGGAAGACCAUUGGUUCAGCCAGGUUUGGUUACUGUCACAGCCACAGUCAUCUCCAAAGGCUUGUCUCACACCAGAACUCAUUUCAAAAAGAAGAGGAGGAAGCAGUUCAUGAGAAUCAACUUCCAGAGGGCACAACAGACUAUCCUCAGAAUUAAUUCUAUUGAAAUAGCAAAUAAGGUCAAUGAAGCCCCCAAAAAUGUAUUUUAGGUUGUUAAGAAAUAAAUUGUAGUUGUUAAUGUA